CGUCACUUCCGGGUAGCCGCAUCGGAAACACUCCUGGCAUGCAGAAAGGCGGAUCCCUCUCGGCUACUUCGCCUUUCAGAACUUCUUUUGAGCCUGUUUUUGACCUGCCAUUCAUCGGCGGGUCGCUCCAAAUCCAACACAAAUUGCUUUCUAAGGCAUCAAAACGACAUUUUACUUUAGUCUAGUUCCACGAGCCUCCUUUUUUCCCAGCUAACUUUUAACGCACUAGCAUUUAAGUUGACAGCUAGCCUGCACACCGGGGGGGAAGCAGCUACACCGGAGCAAACACAGGAAGAUGGGCGAUUUGAUGUGGGCAUUGAAGACCGGGGACAUGGACGAGGUGGAGGCCAAGCUGGUAUCGGCCGAAGAUGUAAACCGGACCCUGGAAGGUGGGAGGAAGCCUCUGCACUAUGCUGCAGACUUUGGUCAGACAGACGUGGUGAAGUACCUCAUUUCUAAGGGAGCAGAUAUUAAUGCUCCAGACAAACACGGGCUCACUCCACUGAUCUCUGCCUGUUUUGAGGGUCACACCUCCUGUGUCAAGGUCCUGCUAGAAAAGGGAGCUGACAAAGACCAAAAAGGACCGGACGGCAUCAGUGCCUUUGAAGCUGCCGAGGACGCCGCUAUAAAGGCUAUGCUCAAGUGAGACACCACAGUGUUUGGAGGUGGCUGGACAGGUGGGUGAACGGACAGACAGAUGGAUGCAGUGGUUCCCCUGACAGAAGAUGGACUCGCCCCCUUUUAACCCGAUCAACAUCUGUCUUAACACUGCUUUUGUCUGUUUGUAGGAGGGUCAUUUGUCUGUCUGGUGAUUUUCUUUUACCGUGUUUUUUUUUUUUUUUUUUUUCUUUUCCCCCAAGUUUUUUGGGAUAGGAUUUUUCUCUGAUUCUGGCCUCUGUUUGUAGCCAUUUAACAGCAGGACUUGUCAAUUAUGUCUCCCUUAGGGACCAAAACACUGGGGGAGCACUCUCGCAUCUGGAUCCUAGAUCACUGCUCUGAAUAGAAAUCACACUCUGUAAUGUAAACGCAAAGCUUAGCACAUAAAUACACACCUCAUUUGCAGUUCUCUCUUGGAAGUCAAAUGUUAAUAGAUCAGUAGUGUGUUAACAUUUUUUACAACUUCAAUAUAAGUAUUGUAUGGCCAGGAAUUAAUCUCAUGAAAUAAACAGUAAAUGCACUGUAUUAUACUAGAUCAACUGAAAAGAAAGGUUGUAAAGUGUCAUUAUAUUUACCUUUCAUUAUUUGUGGCCUCUUCCUCCACCUCGAUUUCCUUUUUUAAUAGACCAAACUGUUCCUCCAAUCCAAUCUUGAAAUUUUGGAAAUGUUGGUUGAGAGAGGUCCUGGGGUGAAAUGUUUUCCUUUUCUACUGGGCAUAUCACUUACAUAUCAAACAGUGUUUUUGACCAAUCUUUGCGUUGGUAAUGCAUAACCUAUAUUCCUUGACGAAUCACCAUGCUGGUUAACUAGAAAGACUUGAAUGUUGCAAUUUUUAAAAUCUGUUACUGAAUCCCUUUUUUGAAGCAACAUUAAUAGCACAUAAUAGAAUAAGGAAUUGUAGAAAUUUGCUAAUUUUUUUUCAUCCCUGGAGUGAGUUUUCAGAGCGAUAAUUCCUUUUCCGUUGCAGCUUCUCUGUGUUUUGUAAUUGAUGGGCUCUGGGGGCUCUGUACGAUGAGUAAAUAGCGGUUGGAGCUGGAUGGUGGGGGCGUUGGCGUUCCCCUUGCCUUGGAUUUGGUUAGAAGCCCUGCCUGUUUUGCUGCAUGUCAAAACUGCCUCUGCUUUUAUGCUAUGAAAUGGUCGCUGGUCCUCACUUGGUUGCUUUCAAAAAAUGAAUUACUACUAUGUAAUGGACAAAAAAAAAAAAAAAAACGCUCUUGCUGACUUUGUUGUGACAAAAAGUCUGUAAAAACAGAAAUAAAAAUAUCUAUAAAACAUUCU